GAAUUGGCUAAGGCGGAUUUUACUUUUCUAAUCAUCGCUCUCGCUGUCGCGCGGAGCACGCACCCACGCGAGGAGGAAGAUGACGGUGGGGAUGAUCAACGCGAACCCGGUGGUGCACGAGAGGCCGGAGCGCGCCGCCCACCCGCACGCCGCCCACCCGCACGCCGCCGACGCGCUCGACGCCCUCGACGUCUUCGAUACGGUGCGGGACAUCAAGGACCCGGAGCACCCCUACUCGCUGGAGCAGCUCAGCGUGCUCUCGGAGGAGUCCGUCUCCGUCGACGAGAAGCUCGGCCGCAUCCAGAUAACCUUCACUCCAACUGUGCAGCACUGUAGUAUGGCUACAGUGAUUGGUCUGUGCCUUCGUCUUAAGUUAAUGCAGAACUAUCCUCCACAUUUUAAGAUUGACAUUAAAGUUGCUCCGGGAUCUCUUGCUAAUGAAGAAUCGGUAAACAAGCAACUGAAUGACAAGGAGAGGGUAGCAGCAGCCUUGGAGAACCCCAACCUACGCCAGUUGGUUGAUGAGUGUGUUUGUUCCAACGAGUCACACUCACACUAACACGUCCUGGCGUGUUGCAACCUGCCUACUGUACAGUAAUAAUCAUGCAUGUUGUAUGUGCCCUGUGUUGUAGCUGGUUAUGUAUAAUCGCAGGUGCUAUGUGCCAUUAUUUGCCUUUAAAGUUGUAUGCGACCGAGAAUAGCUUAUGUUCCAGUUCUUCCUUCAGACACAAGUAUGGCUAUGCUGCUUGAUCCAUGUUGUACCAUUCAUAUAAGAAAAGGGAAAGGGAGAUUUAUGUUGUGCCAUGUGUUCACUGAA